GCUUCCGGGGCGGACUAUUUCCGGACUUAUUCCGCCAAAUUUAAACAAGACUUCUCACCAGUUGCAGCUGUUCACCCUUUUCUCAAUUAAUUAAGCCGCUUUUGGGGUCGAUUAUCAAAUCUUUGAAGAUGCCUGCUAUACCGAAGAGACCUUGCCCUGACCCAAUGAAUGACUCUAUGGAGAAGAGAAUAACGCGCAUUUCAAUCGAAGGAAACAUUGCGGCUGGGAAGUCUACUUUUGUGCGCCUUUUGGAGCAGGAGAGCACGGAUUGGGAGGUAGUACCGGAACCGAUCGCUAGAUGGUGCAAUGUCCAAACAACAGGCAGCGACUUUAAGGAGCUGACCACGUCUCAGAGGAGCGGCGGCAACGUGUUGAAGAUGAUGUACGAGAAGCCUGAGAGGUGGGCUUACACAUUCCAGAGCUACGCCUGCAUCAGCCGAGUGCGCGCCCAGAUCAAAUCUGCAAACGGGAAGCUCCAAGAGGCUGAGAAUCCCGUGUUGUUCUACGAGAGAUCCAUCUACAGUGACAGGUACAUCUUUGCAGGCAACCUAUAUGAGAGUGAAUGCAUGAAUGAGACUGAAUGGUCCAUCUACCAGGACUUGCAUGGCUGGCUUCACAACCAGUUUGGCAAACACAUUGAGCUAGAUGGUAUCAUCUACCUCAGAGCUUCACCAGAGAAAUGCUUGGAGCGUUUACACAUGAGGGGAAGACAGGAGGAACAGGAAAUCCCUCUGGAAUACCUGGAGAAGCUCCACUACAAGCAUGAGAGCUGGCUGCAGAAUAAGACAAUGAACAUGGAGUUUGAGUAUCUCAGCGACGUUCCCGUUCUGACCUUGGACGUGAACGACGAUUUUAAGCAAAACGAUUCAAAGACUGCUGACAUGAUUGAGAAGGUGAAGGAGUUCUUGAGCACAUUGUGACGGAAAAAGAGAACAUCCUGGAAUAACAAUGAAUUACCCCAACAACCAUCACUUUUCUCAUUCAUUUGUUGUUGUCAGUAUCUGAAAAUGUGCACUUUUUUAAUAUAAUUUUGCUGUUUUUUUGUUAAUUUUUGAAUUGUGCAGUUAUAAAUGGAAAUGAGUGCACAGUUUUUCAACAUUUAGUAAAGGAUAAUGUUUGAAAUACUAAAGUGUGUAUGUGUGCUUAUCUGCACAGGUUGCUUUAAUAUUCAGCAUCUGUGUUCAUUUCACAAAUAAAAUAAAAAGUUUUAUUUUUAUUUUUAAAGAAUACUCAUAAAGUCAAAGCUAUCUUUCAAAAUAAGUGCUUUUGAUGAAUAGAUGAUCAUGCAGCUCGGAUAAAAAAAUAACUGAAAUGGACUCCAACUUCAGCAUCAUCACUCUACCUAUUGUGUUUUUCUUCUCUGUGCGCCCUCAGGCUGUGCCUGAAAGCCAUGGUAAAUAUAAAAACGAAUCAAAAAUGUGAUUGCAUUAAUAUUAAAGUUAUAUUUGAAUUUACUGAGAUGCACUUGUAGUUCUUCCAGAAGGUGUCGCCAGUCCCCAUUAUAACCUAUAGGCUAUUUUGGACAUCUGUCUGCUUUUACUUGGUACCACUGCCAGUAGGACAAAGCCACCUGAAGUAAUAGCUUUGGGUUUCUUUAAUUGAGUGGGUUAUUUUAUAAAAA